AUGUCUCUCGCCUUCGAUUAUCUGCCUGCCCUGGUGUCUCACUACCACGUCGUGGCGGCAGUGUACCCGUUGGAUGUGCGUCCCAAGACGUUGAUCGGAUGGCUGCCUACCAAGAGCCGCGGCGUUCAAUUCUUCCGCUCAAUUCACGCUUCCAGGCUUACAGUGCAGGAGGAAGUCGCGUUUGGCUGGACCCCAGGUACCUAUUCAUGGCAGAUCAAGAGGAACCGCAAGGAAAAGGAAGAAACAAAUGCCAUGUUGGUCUUCCAAUCUCUGACCGCCCUUCCUGAUGCACUUUAUGUCCCGGGCGGUCGUGGAUCCCGCCGUUUUGUCGGUCAGAUCGGUCGGACCAUGCGGUCCCGAGGCGUCAUCAUCCAGCACACGGUGCGGUCCCCUCCAAAGUCCACGGUAAAGUUGAUGGAUCCGAAUCCCAAAUCACUUAGUUUGGCCUCUGCAUACCUGGAGCCUGGACUCGUUGCACCCAAUCUUCUGUGCCGCAGCUGGGGCUCCCACCACGGAUGGCUGAGCUGCCAGCAGGCCAUCAGACCGAAAAUAGAGGCAAAACACCAUACCGAUGCCACAGGGACCAGCCUGCAUCGACGAGUGCCAGCAACCUGGGACGCAGUAAUGGGGGACACCCUCUCGCCCAUAUCAACUGAUGUGAUGGACUACGAAUACAACAUGGAUGCGUGGAGGUGCAGACUUCAAAGUGCACUGCACUGUUGUUUGCCUGCCUAUCACGGGCUGGCUGGACUCGACUUUGUCUCCACGAAUCACGGAUCACAAUCCGCUCCUUCACCUACUCUUUGGUUUGCCGGGAUAGCCUUUGGAAACCGAAUGAACUCCCAACUCGAGCUGGAAACCCGCAACCAAACAUUCAGACCAGACUCGAGAAAUCCGGCAAACGCUAGCAUGGGAAAUUCGAGUUGCUCAAGGCUUUGCCCAGCUGCGUUGCGCUGGACCUGCUUCUCCUACCUGUCCUUCUCGGGCCAGGACAGAAGCGAGAUGCGGACUCUCAAUGGGUUCUUUUGGCCACCAAGCGACCAGCGACGGAUUAGGGCCAACGCACGUAAGGCUAUCUCAAAGCGACGGUACUUGACACUGGAGACGCCAGGUGAUCUCCGCGUGCGAUGCAGAAUGCCAAUCCUGCACUGUCGCUUGUUGCUCCCCAACCAACCCGCAGUGCCCUUGUUGUCCACUCGUACCGGGAGCGAACCUCAAUUUCCUGCGCUCACCCAACACUCUCUCCAAACCCCUUCGACGGCCGAGACACGCAAGCAAGGUCUCCCCAGGUUGAUGCUGAGAGUCACGCCAUUCCUCUCCCUCGACCGCCAGGUCUCGAUGUGGCGUCUGCAGUUUGCUAUGAAAAAGGGCAUGCGCUCAAACCCUGCGCGUCGCUGCCUCCCUUUUUGA